AGCGAGGAUGGCAGGGGUUGGGAGGAGAGGGGGAGUGAAAGGUGGUGUGCCCUCUGACACGACCUUGUCACACGAGAGCGGAAGCGUCACGCCGAGAGGCAGGCUGACAGGACAGCAAGAUAAGGUUAUGACCUUGUCAGGAGGGGUGAAGUUCUGCUGAGAAUGAGCAUUUGUAACCGAGAGGGGGGUCAAUGUGCCGAGAUGGCGAUGGUAUGCCUGACAGACUUCGAGGAGUAUGCCAAGGAGCAUCUCUCCAAGGCCACGUGGGAUUAUUACGCUGCCGGAGCCGACGAAUGCUGCACCAGAGAUGACAACCUUCUGGCCUACAAGAGAAUCCGCCUGAGGCCUCGUAUCCUGCGGGACGUGUCCGUGAGCGACACCAGGACCACGGUACAGGGGACGGAGAUCAGCUUCCCGGUGGGCAUCGCACCCACGGCCUUUCACUGUCUGGCCUGGCACGAAGGCGAGAUGGCCACAGCGAGAGCCACUGAGGCCUUGAACACAUGUUACAUCACCAGCACCUACUCCACCUGCUCCGUGGAGGAGAUCGUGGCGGCGGCGCCGAACGGCUACCGCUGGUUUCAGCUCUACGUCUACCGGGACAGGAAGCUGUCGGAGCAGAUCGUGCACCGCGUGGAGGCAUUGGGCUUCAAGGCCCUGGUCCUCACCGUUGAUGUGCCGUACACGGGCAAGCGCCGCAAUGACAUACGGAACCAGUUCAAGCUGCCGCCGCAUCUCAAGGUCAAGAACUUUGAUGGCGUCUUUCAGGAAGCGGCGGGCCCUGAGGAGUACGGCAUCCCGGCCAACACUUUGGACCCGUCUAUCAGCUGGAAAGACGUCUACUGGCUGCAAUCCAUCACCAGGCUGCCCAUCAUCAUCAAGGGCAUCCUGACCAAGGAAGACGCCGAGCUAGCUGUGGAGCACGGCGUGCAGGGCAUCAUUGUGUCCAACCACGGGGGGAGACAGCUGGACGGCGGCCCGGCCUCGAUUGACGCGCUGUCAGAGAUCGUGGACACGGUGCAGGGCCGCAUCGAGGUCUACCUGGACGGGGGCAUCAGGACGGGGAGCGAUGUGCUCAAAGCGCUGGCCUUGGGGGCCAAGUGUGUGUUCAUUGGCCGGCCAGCGGUGUGGGGUCUUGCGUACAAGGGGGAGGACGGCGUGAGGGAGGUGCUGCAAAUUUUGAACGAUGAGUUCCGUCUCUCCAUGGCUUUAUCAGGUUGCCGGAAUGUGGCGGAAAUCAACAGGAACCUCAUCCAGUUCUCCAAACUCUGACAGAGGGCAGCACUGUGCACAAUUCUGCUCUGUCAGAAGAAGACAACAUGAAAAGCUUAUUUAUCACGUCCAGACAACACACACAUAAUAACCCAAGACUUUACAACAUUUUACUGCAAUCUACGCAAAAAGGGAUAAUAUGGUACUGUAAACUGCCGUUUGAGACGCAGUGGAUGGUGUGUGUGUGUUAAAAUAAAUGCAAAAAAAAAAAAAAAUCCAUUGCUUUAUUCUGGUCGUAAUUUUUGAGUGUUGGCAGAAUGAAGAGGUAAAUUUUGCUUCAUGUCUUUGUUAAGCACGUGUCCGGAAAAAUCGGUUGCUCCAUAAUGCUGUAAACUAUUAUGGCCGUCCCUCGUAUAAGUGAUGGCUGUUUCGG